AUGGCUAUGCCAACCUAUGCCAUGUCUGUCUUCAAACUGCCAAAGAAGCUAUGUAAAGAUAUUAGCUCACUGAUGACCAAUUAUUGGUGGGGGGAAUCUAAUGGCAAAAACAAAAUACACUGGCUAUCUUGGAAGAAACUGUCAAGGAAGAGGAAUGCAGGAGGCCUAGGAUUUAAAGACAUUGAAGCCUACAAUAAGGCAUUGCUAGGUAAGCAGAUUUGGAGAAUACUCACUAAACCAAACCUUCUGUUAAGCAAAAUGAUGAGAGCGCGAUACUUCCCCAAGGACUCAAUACUAACAUGCAAGAUCCACAAAAAUACUUCCUGGAUAUGGCAAGGAUUAUUAGGAGCCAGAAGCUUGAUGGACAAAUGGGUGAUUAGACGGAUUGGCAAUGGGAGAAGUACAAGAAUUUGGGACCACAGGUGGAUUCCUGGAUCUAGUUCAGGAAAACCAACCUCAUCCAGUCCACUGAGUAGGGAAUUGAAGAUGGUUCAUGAGUUAAUCAGUCAUCACAGAUGGAAUAAAGUCACCAUUUUCAAGAAUUUCCAUCAGAGUGAUGUUGAGAAAAUCCUAAGCAUACCCAUAAGUCUAACGGAGAGGGAGGACAGUUAUUAUUGGCAACACAAUGUAGGGGUGGAUAUACACGGGGCACUACCAGUAAGAGCAGCAAUGCACAGGAAGACAGGAUUGGGAGAUCCAGUGUGUAGAAUUUGUGGGGAAGAGCAGGAAACAAUGGAACAUCUUUUGCUCAAAUGUCAACACACUCAAGAGAUAUGGAAGUCGGCACCAUUACAAUGGGAUGGGGCGGUAGACCAACAAGGAGACUUCAAACGUUGGUGGAUAAGAAUCCCAGAGGCAAGGAAAAGGCCAAGGGGGAUGGAGCAUAUCGGAUUGACUGCAAACAUCUUAUGGCAAGUGUGGAAAGAUAGGAAUAAGAAGGAAUUUGAAAAUAUAAGCAGUUGUUCACCAGUUAGGAUAAUUGGGAAAGCUCAGAAGGAAUGGCUCGAGCAAGAGGAAAGCUUGAACACUAAAACCAGCCUGAGCCCAGAAGAAACAACUUCCAACCAUGAAAAGCAUUAUCAGGGGCAGGCAGAAGAGGCUAGGAGGCAUCCAAGCAUCAGGCUUGCGGAAUGGGCACUUAAAGAGAGAAGCCUGGGAGAUAAAACCAUAGAUGAAGCAGUGGCCAUUAAGCUGGCGUUGUGCAAAGCUCUAGAGCUAAAAUAG